UUAGGGCAGCGUUCAACUCAUCGCGUGUCAGCCGCACCGAAACGCAAAACCUUUCUGGGAAACAAGAUUCCUGGAACCUUUUGUCAGCUUAACGCGGUCUCACUUGUUUUCUGCGCUCGUGUUUCAGUGAAUUAGGAGCCAUAGGAGCUAUUUUGUCGUGAUUGUUUCUUCAAACUUUAUGAUUAAUCGUGGUCAAAGACAUGGUCACCACGGCCCAUCCUGUGGACCCCGGUCCAUGCAGCCCACAUGAUGAGGAUAUGUCCUGCAUCGCCACCACCUUCCACUAUUUACACACGUCAGGCUGGUACUGGGGUUCCAUCUCGGCGAGACAGGCUCGGGACAAACUCCUGGCCAAGUCUGAAGGCACGUUCCUGGUGCGGGACAGCAGUCAUCCUAAAUACAUGGUGGCGCUGUCAGUGAUGACCCACUGUGGACCGACCAGUGUCCGAAUACAGUACAAGAGAGGCUCUUUCUGGCUGGACUCCCUCAGUCCUGAGCUGCCUCACCUGCAGUCCUUCCCCAACGUCGUCAGUCUCAUCCAGCGCUACACUGGCUCGGGACACGCACCGCAAGGCCAGACGGCGUCCAUCAGGGACAAACAUGUCCAACUCCCCCCCGCCAAGGACAGCGCUGUGAUUCUGAAGCUGAUGCGUCCCCUUCGCAGGCCAGAGACCUUCCCACGUUUGCAGCACCUGGCACGCCUCACCAUCAACCAAAAUACAAACUGCCCCGACAAACUGCCCCUCCCGAAGCCUCUCCUGGACUACCUGCAUGAUUACCCUUUCCAUAUCUGAGGGUCUCAGUAGGCUGAGAUGGGGAUACAUGCAGGGUCAUCAACUCACUUCAUCUGAGAGCCCAGGCAGUCGGUAUUGUGAGAUUAUUCUAACAUUUGCUCAUGGAAAAAAAAAAGUGUCUUACUACUGUUGUCCUCCUGAAUUGCUUUGUUUCAUUUUGAGACACAAGGCUUCUGUCAUCAUCCUCAAGCCUAUUUCGUUUUGCAAAAUAAAUGUUUUGGCCACCAAUGGCAAGCAGAUUACGCUAUGUGAAACACUGUAAAACCCUUUGUUUACUUACAUGUGGAAUUAUAUACAGUGGAGCCCCGCAUAUUCGCGGGUCAGGACCUAUGGAUUCACCUGAUCACGGAUUAUUUUUUCCAUUUUUUUUAACCCCUGUUUUUUCAAAGAAAAUGCUUAUUGCUGGUAUUUCUCUGCUAAUUCCAGAAUUUUAGGGGUUUAAAAAUAUAUAUACAUAUUUUUCAAUGUAAUUAUAUUUACAGAUUUUCACUAUUUGCGGUGGGACCCUGUCCCUACUCCCCACGAAUCGCGGGGAUCCACUGUAGUGUUUGUCCUUUCCAGUGCAUUUUUGACAAAUAAACAAAGGCAUGGCCAACUGGUUAGAGCGUCUGCCUCACAGUUCUGAGGACCCGGGUUCAAUCCCCGGCCCCGCCUGUGUGGAGUUUGCAUGUUCUCCCCGUGCCUGCGUGGGUUUUCUCCGGGCACUCCGGUUUCCUCCCACAUCCCAAAAACAUGCAUGGUAGGUUAAUUGAAGACUCUAAAUUGCCCAUAGGUGUGACUGUGAGUGCAAAUGGUUGUUUGUUUGUAUGUGCCCUGCGAUUGGCUGGCAACCAGUUAAGGGUGUACCCCGCCUCCUGGCCGAUGAUAGCUGGGAUAGGCUCCAGCACGCCCGCCACCCUAGUGAGGAGAAGCGGCUCAGAAAAUGGAUGGAUGGAUGGAUGAAACAAAGGCGUUACUGUAUUCAUUACAUAAGAGAUGUCUUGAGGAACAUUGAAAUUUGACCUUUUCUAAUAAAUAAAUGACUGCUCACACAAAAAA